UAAAUUCCCCUAAAAUUAUGAACAAGCCCAAACUUCCUAACACAAUAAUAACUGCUCUCCCACCCAAUGGUCACUCAAAAUCCCCUCUUACUCACCCCCUCCCUUCUAAAUCUCCCAGUCCCCUCCAGCCCCCCUCUUCCUCCUAUCCCCCUUCAAAAGGCCCCUAAACAUCCUCCCCUCUGCACCCACUUCCUUCCUAAACCACCUCCUCCCGGCCUAGUCCUGAUCCUGUACAAGACAGCGUGUCCUUUGACUAGUGAAGUUACGUAUAGUUUUACACAGAGAACGGAGGCUGAACACCUGCUUGUUAAGAAAUAAAGUGAGGUAUGAGAAUAGGGGUGGCUGAGAGGGGUUGUAUGCAAGAAAGAUUUUGAAUUGGCUCCUGAGCUGUCAAUUUUUGAGAUUAAGGCUUAAUCAGCAGAGUUUAAAAAGAAUGAGCUUUGAUUUGACAGAUGAUAUUGAUGUUGAAUGGAGCAAGAAUUUGCUCAAAGGGAAUAUUGAAAGAUUUGUGGCAAAAUUUGAAGGAGCAGCAAAGAAGGUAAAUAAAGUAAUCCAAAAGCAAACUUAUAUAAAUCCUAAUGAAAAAGAAAUAAAAAACUUGAUAUUAAAGCUGGCAUUGGAAAAUUAUAUGAAAGAUAUUGGUAAAAUAGGUCAAAAUGUAAAAAUGUUAUCUCUUGUUUUACCACAAGCGCCAGAAUGCAGUGAGGAAUCAAGCGAAGAUGAAAUAACAUUUAAUCCAAAGAAAACUAAUAAGUUCUUUGUACCCAAGCAAAGUAAUCAUUAAUUUGAUACAAAUUCUA